AUGGCAACGUCAAACAUCGAAGACUUUGAGAAGGGCAACGCGGCGUUUGUCGAGGCGUUUGACCAGGACACCACCGGUGCCUUGGCAAUUCCGCCGCAGCGCAAGGCCCUGGUGCUGGCCUGCAUGGACGCACGCCUGCAUCCUGAGAAGGUGCUGGGCCUGGAAAUAGGUGACGCACAUGUUGUGCGCAACGCAGGUGGCCGAGCCUCUGCCGACGCCUUGCGCUCCAUCGCCAUCAGCCAGCGACUGCUGGGCACCCAGGAGGUAGUCGUCAUCCACCACACAGACUGCGGCAUGCUCACAUUCAAGGACGAUGACAUCCGGUCCAAGAUCCGGGACGAGUUGGGUGACUCUGCUGGUGACGCGGCCGACGGCAUCGCUUUCCUGCCCUUCAGCGAUUUGGAGGCCAGCGUGAAGGCUGACAUCCGCAUCAUCAAGGAGGCGGCCAUUGUUGACGGGGACGUGCCGGUCCACGGCUUUGUGUACGACGUGACCACGGGCCGGCUCAACCCUGUCAAUUGA